AUGGAGAGCAGUGAUGAUGAUAUUGCAGCAGCUAUCCCUCAAUCGGCUCAACAGAAUGCUUCAGCUGAUCUACCAUCCACAAAUACUGCAAGCACAAGUACUUUGCGGCCAACCACUGAACGACAAUAUCCUGUGAAAGAAUUCGCAAUCCUCCUAUUGAAAUGGAAAGAAGCAAAGAAGGUACCAGAGUCAACGCUUAACGAGAUUGCAAACGACAUGUUCAAUUUUUUCAAUGAUUGUGGGCCACAGCUUUUUUCUGCACAAGGUAGUGAUGUAGAACCAUCUGCGAAUAGUGAAAUGGGGCAACUUUUGGCAAAAAAAGGUCGUGAACGCUUUUGGACUGGUGCCCUUCCAUAUGUUGAGCCAGUCACAGUGACCUUAAAUGAAGCUGGCGAAGCACGAGUAAGCUUCCAGUACGUGCCCAUCUUGGAGGUGUUGAGACACUACGUCGAAUGGCUUGACAAUUCACUCACCAGUGACCCAUGCAGGUUUGCUGACACCUUAAGCUCGGUGUUUGAUGCAUCAGCCUUUGCAAGCCAUGAGUAUUUCUGUGGGGAUCGGGAAAAGUUGUGCAUCCAGCUUUACACUGAUGAAUUUGAGGUGUGCAAUCCCAUCGGUGCACAAAGACAAAAACACAAGCUCAUGGCUGUGUACUAUACUUUGCUAAAUGUACCAUCACGCUUGAGAGCACAACUUUCACACAUCCAUUUGGCUCUAUUAUGUAAAGAAAAGCACAUUCAAAAGUACGGGCUUGACAGAAUACUGGAACGGCUGCACCAGGAUAUUGCCCACCUGGAAAUUGAAGGUAUCACGGUUCACAACAAAAAGAUUACUGGUAGCGUAUUCUGCCUCUCAGGUGACAAUCUUUCAAGCCAUCGGAUUGGUGGGUUCAAGGCAAGCGUUAACCAUGGACACAUUUGUCAAUUUGCAGGGCUCUACAUCAUGAAAUUCGAACAAAACACAAAGAACAGGACUUUGUGUUGCGCACUCCAGCAGUCCACAAGUUCCACUUGGACAUGCGUCGUGGGGGUGCUGCAACGUUGCCUCGUUAUGGCCUUAAAGCACCAUCUGUAG